AUGUCAGCCCGAGAUUCCCCAUCGCCUCAUGGCGCCUAUACCGCUAAGGCUGCGAAGAGGAGGGCCAAUUCCUGCGUCCCAUGCCGCGUGAGCAAGUCUCGGUGCUCCGGAGGCAUCCCCUGUUCAACGUGCCAGAAAAAGCGAGGCAAGCCUCGGUGUUGGUAUCGCAACGUCGUGUCCAAGGACGAUGAAGAUAGCGAAAAUUCCAAGACAUCUCCUUUCGAUCAGGAGCAGAAAGAAGAUCGUCAAACAACUGCUCAGCAAGAGCUGGACGACGCUGAGGAUGAGCAGCCUUCGGCCUGGCCACGUGACAUCUUCUAUGGUGCUUUCUCUUUGGCGCGCUGUGUUGACAAGUUCAAAAGUCUCUCGCUUGCAGACGGCGCCGCCGAUGAUGUGAUCAUGUCAGUCCAGACCAUCGAGGGCUUCUCCUGCAAAUUCAGCGAUGAAGAAAGGGCACGGAUCCUCGAUCAGAUGGAGCCCGGCCACGCAGCUAGCGGAAUGAGCCUCCCUUCACUUCUCGUCCCAGACCCUGACCGCCUACCAUCUGGCCAUCUUCGAUCGUUGUACCACAAGAUUAAAGAGGCCCGCCAGCUUCUUGACGCUGGAAUGGUGGCUGAAGCUUGGAGUGCAUCUGCAAGUCUGCUGCGCGAUGCGGAGCUACUGGAGCUGGAUGACGACGAUGACUCUGAGAAGCCUCCGGGGAGGCAAGCAGACCGUGAGGCUGGUCGUCGAAUCUGGUGGCUCCUAGUUGACCUCGACGCCUACCUCAGUUUCAUUGUUGGCCGGCGUCCGCUGAUAUCCCCUUCCCAUGGAGUGCCCAGGCCAAACGUGGACUGGUCCAGGCAAGAAGAGAAGGACCUUCUGGAGAACAUUCUCGACUUCUCCCAAUACAUGCUUGAGGUUCUCGGCGAUGUCAUUCCAGCCAGAUCCCCCGGCAAGACCGAGUGCACAGUGGACAAGGCAACACUAGAGUCUUACUUGCACCGACUGCAGGACUUGCACUCUGGGUUCUCGUAUCUUCCACAGAAUGGGAAGACGGAUUCUGCGUUGUGGACCGCCAUUGCCGAACAUCAAUUCAAGGUUCAGCUUUUCCUGAUGGUCCUGAACUGCCACAUCGUCAUGGCUAUGGCGUCCGGCCGAAGUCAGAAGCCUUCCGAGGGGCGAUCUCAAUCCGCCUCGAAGCCGAAGAGACCGCAACCUCUUCGGAAGCACUCUUCAAAAGGCUAUCUUGACGAAAUGUUUCAGUCGGUGCGCCGGAUCACCAGCCUCUUUGAGUACAUCAAUGCUCUCGACCCGUCCCCGAUCCCUCCUUGGCCUCGCUGCGUCGGCGUUUUUUGUGCUGUGUGUGUGUUGGGUAUCGCCCGGCUACGGCAGGACAUUGAGGGCAUACAGACCGAUACCGAUCGUAUACAAGAACUCCUCAAGUUCUUUCAGGGUACAUUGAAAAGGUCCCCGCGGUCAGCCAUUGCCCAGGCGGCCGUGAUGUCCCUGGGGAAUAUCGUCGAAGGCCUCCAGAGGGCAGACGAGCAGCAGCACCCAUCCACUGUCACAGAUGGUGUGGCGGAGCCCCGCGGCGGGCUCACGUCGACGCUCGAUGGAGAGAGCUCUCAACCAUUGCAGUCCAGAUCAUUCAGUACGGAGGCCCCGGUGGACAACACAGGCUCUGGACAUGGGCAACCCCUCAAACGACCGCUACCCCCAGCAAGGUAUGAGGAAGACGUGCGACCGGAGAAGAGACUCAGAUACAGCGUGAUGCCCCCAAGCUAUGAGAACUCUGUGCAUGCGAACACAGCGGCCUGGCAAAGUGAUCAAGGACCACCGCCAUAUGGGCAAGCCAUGUCUUCGUUCAGCGAGAUGUCGGCGGCUUCAUUCCACGAGUCGUCCGUUCAGCACAGCUUCGAGCAAGCGUCCCUUGCGCACAGUGCAGUGAAUUCUUUCAAUGCCAACGAUCAGCUUCAAUACGCCAGCUUCGGAUACGCAAACGGACCUCCGGACAAUGCAACUCAGUUUCCGUUCUGGAUGCAUCCGCCGAUGAUGAUUCAUCCUCCAAUGUACCACGCCGGGUGGCAAGCCAUGGAUCCCAACCUCUGGAUGAUACCGGACACGGGCCAGCAGGCCUUCUAUGCAGGGCCGCCCCCUAUUCAGGUCGGCGACCCGCGUCAGCAUGACUCCAAUGGGCCGACGUCGCAGUCGGCCACUAUGAACAAUUAUGCCCAAGGAGCGGGUGCUGCCCGCGAAGAAGCACAGGCAACGGGCCACAUGGCGAUGCCGGCCGACAUUUCCAGAGCCGCAAACGAUGCACAGUUCUACGCCACCACACCGGUCCAAUACCAGCGCCUAGAUCAUCCUGCCAGCUCGCCUAUCCGGGACGACGGCUUAGCACAUCAAGAUAACGCUUUCGGCCGGCCCACCCCUAUGGACCGGCGUCGUAGUGCUGCCGAUAUCAGAUCACAUGCUCCAAACGGCACGUGGACGAUGGAGAUGUCGGCGGAUUUUGCCAGUCAAACUCCCGUGGCUGAUCCCCGAGAACCCAUGCACGCGUCUCAGACUCCAUCUCGGGACGGACUACUCUCACCUGUCAGUGAGACCGAGCCUAAGUCGCGCCGCAACUCAGCAACUCCGCGGCAGAUCGCAUGGCAAGGCAGGCCGCCGCCGGCGCCGCAACAUGUUGAUAUACCUGGACCCAACAUUGAUGCUGGCGAUGUCAAUGGACUGCGAAGGCGUUCGAUUGCCCAUGUCGGCGAUAUGAUGAUGCCCGACGUGGUCUCGAGUGGAGGAGACAUACGGACGCCGGAGCAUUCCGAACCCCGUAACGAACAACAUCAGCGGCAGCAACAGCAGCAGCAGCAGCAGCAACAACAACCAGUAUGGCAGAGCCAAGCACCAAACCCAAGCCCAGGGGGGCAUAAUCCCUCGCCAGGCUCAAACAUGUACAGUCUGGACAUGGCAGGGCACGCUCAUGUCAUGCAAUACGAACAGCCCUUCGACCCGCAUCUCCCACCGCGGCCGAUUGUCACCACAGGUCCUUUUACCGGCAACUCAGCUGGUCAUCACUGGUGGCCCAGAUGA